GGAAGUGUAACGAAACGGGAAUGCGGCUUGUUUUUGAUGUGUUAGGAGCUGAGAAAUCGACACAUCAGCUGCUGUUCGGCGUCACGCUGUCAAUAAAGACAACAACAACAACAAAGGUGAAGCAGGUGACUUGGGAAUAUUCACAGAGUCAGCUUGGAGGCAUGAGGCGUGCUCAGAUUGUUCAAUGUGCUGUGAAGACAUUUAAAUCGGAUCUUAGGUGAAGGAGCGUACAGAAGAGAAAACGUUAACGUGACUUGAUAGUUUGUGUCUCUGUCAUCACUUAUGGAUAUCUUGCUUCCAUGCACUGGCCACUGGACAGCUGUUUUGGUGGCAUGUACACUGGCUGAGAUGUGAUCCUGACACCUUUACGCACCUUUACGCAUUUUUACGCACCUUUACGCGCACGCACGUGUACAUCCCCUGUCCUCAGGUAGCCUCCUAAAUACACCACCUUAUAUUUCUGUGACAAAAUGAUGAGCACCGGUCCAAGCAUCGUGUACGAGUGGCUGAAAACGCUCCAGCUAUGUCAGUAUGUCGAAGCGUUCGUGGAUAACGGCUACGACGACCUGGAAGUUUGUAAACAGAUCGGAGACCCCGACCUGGACGCAAUCGGCGUGUUUAUACCACACCACCGACAACGGAUUCACGACGCCGUGACAAGACUCAAAGACGAGGACAAGCAGGCUGCCUCGGGGCUUUAUUUCACCUUAGAGCCGCUGAUCCCGAGCCUCAGGGGAUCCAGGUCUUGGACAGAUCAAAUUGGAAUGACGUGCACGGGGUCACACAGGAACCUGACCUUCCAUAACCGGGAGCUUGUAGUCUACCCAAAACUGAAGCUGAAGAUCAUGAUCAGGGAUAAACUCAUUAGGGACGGGAUUAAUCUGGCUAGGCCUCCAUAUUCUAACAAGGAUGGCUCUCUGGGUAAUAUCGACGAUCUAGCGCAGGAAUACUCGGAAUACUACAACACGUGCUUCAGUGACGUCAGCGAGCGCAUGGAGGAGCUACGCCGGCGUCGCGUCUCCCAGGAACUAGAGAUGGAUAAAACAGACACCAGCUCCCUCCAUCUGAACUCUGAGCUCCAGGACUCCCUCAGUUUCAGCAGCCAGGUGUCUACGCCAGAAACGGAAAGAAAGAUUUCUCUGCACAAGUCCAACUCCGAAGACGGCUCAGGAAAAUGGGAUAGCAAGAAGAAAAACAAAUCUUUCUGGCAAAACUUUAGAAAAUCCCAGAAAGGGCUCACACGACAGAGCUCGAAAGGAGAGGACGUCGGCUACGUGGCCAGCGAGAUCACGAUGAGCGACGAGGAGCGCAUCCAGCUGAUGAUGAUGGUCAAAGAGAAGAUGAUCACGGUGGAGGAGGCGCUGGCUCGGCUUAAGGAGUAUGAGAGGAGCAGGCAGUUGAGCACCAGUUCAGACACUGCAGAGUGUGCUGAUGGAUCCAGUCCCUCUGUUAACCUGCCCUCCACCUGCAACUCUCGCGAACAGUCCGACGACGAGCAGGAAGACUCUGUGAAAUUCAAAAGGCUUCACAAACUGGUCAACUCCACACGCCGUGUACGCAAGAAACUUAUCAAAGUCGAUGAUGGCAAAAGGCAGGGGUCUGAAGACUCUCUGAGCUUGGACACGUCCCCUUCGUGCGAGGACACCAGCGCCCUGUACGCAGACGUCAAUAAAAAAGGCACCCGCUGCACGGUGGACUCGUCGCUGUCCUCUUUGACCAAGGAUCAGCUCUCAGUGGACGAAGACAGGGACAGCUUAAGUACGUCUCCAUCUUCUAGCAGCCUGGAGGCCUGGACCUCUGCACACAGGCUGGUAAAGCCCUCGCCUAAACCGCACGGCUUGGUCCGAGCUCUAGCCAGCACCGGCGCCGGUACCGAGGACGAGCCCCAGUCCAGGAAGACGUCCCUCUCUCACGGAAGGACGUGUAGCUUUGGGGGUUUCGAUCUGUCCAACCGAUCACUUCAUGUGGUCAGCACAGCUUCAGAGCCUCAUGAGCAGGAGGCUCUGAACAGGGACGUAAUAAAGUCUCCGACAAGCUCUCGCAUCUCUCUGGGAAGGAAAGUGAAGUCUGUGAAAGAGACAAUGAGAAAACGCAUAUCCAAGAAAUACAGCAGUUCUCUUUCUGAACAGUCCAGUCCAGAUGGGAUUCCCAGCUCUCCUCAAUCUCCUCAGCCAGACACUGACUCCCUGGAAAAGCCCAAACUAAAAGCAGGAGGAUCUGUGGAGAGUCUACGCAGCUCUCUGAGCGGACAGAGCUCCAUGAGUGGCCAGACUGUAAGCACCACAGACUCGUCUGCCAGUAAUCGUGAAAGUGUGAAAUCAGAGGAUGGGGAUGAUGAAGAGCCUCCGUACAGAGGGCCGUUCUGUGGCAGGGCCAGAGUGCACACAGACUUCACUCCCAGCCCUUAUGAUACAGACUCACUCAAACUAAAGAGAGGAGACGUGAUUGACAUCAUCAGUAAGCCACCCAUGGGCACGUGGAUGGGGCUACUCAACAACAAGGUCGGAACCUUCAAGUUUAUCUAUGUAGACGUCCUGGUGGAGGAGGAGGAGAAACCCAAACGCACCAUCAGGAGGAGAAGAAAGGGUCGAGCUCCAAAACCCAGCUCUGUAGAAGAGCUUUUAGAAAGGAUCAACCUAAAAGAGCACAUGCCUACAUUCUUGUUUAAUGGCUAUGAAGAUUUGGACACCUUUAAACUGCUUGAAGAAGAGGAUCUGGAUGAACUGAAUAUCAGAGACCCUCAACACAGAGCUGUACUGCUCACUGCUGUAGAGUUACUACAGGAGUAUGACAGCAGCAGUGACCCCGAGCGCAGUGCCCUCUCUGGCUCCCAGGAAAAACUCCUCUGUGAGGGGAGGGGCUUGGCAGCUAACUCCCCCCGGGACUCUGGUUGCUAUGAAAGCAGCGAAAACCUGGAGAACGGUAAGCCUCGUAAAUCUCGCUCAAGUCGCCGUUCUUCUGGCUUUGAAUCUGGUCGAGGCCAGUCUCUGGAUUUCCCCACACUUCCCAUCAGCAACUCCACUGAGGAGCUGCAGCAUCAGUCCAAGAAAGAACGCAAGUUCCCCAAGCACUUUCUUCCCCGCCCUAUCAAGGGCUUUAGCCUGCGUUCACUGGGCCUGAGAAAGGGUCUUCAAUCAGGACAGAUGAGUCAGAUGGCAGCCAGUCGUAGUUGUGAGGAGCUUGAUGGGACUUUAGAUGCUCCACAGUGCUGGAAAAGGUCUCACUCUCUGGGAGACCUACAGUGGCAGCAGGCCUCUGACCAGAGCAAGGAGAAAAGAAAUGAGACCCAGCAUGGUGAUAAACGGCAGAGAGAGGCAAACGCCGCAUUUCUUCAGUCCAGCACUCGGAACAGUGGAGAAUCCCAGUUGAACUCAAAAACAGAACUGUGCAGUGCAAAACGGGUCGAGAGACCUCUAGUGCCCACCCAACUGCCUCUUAAGCCAUCAUGCCAAGCUCCAGUUAAACAGCCAGACUCUGCCCCAACCAGCCCGGCACCUCGAACUCACCCCAAAAAGCCUCCUGUUCCCCCUCCUGUUCCUGCCAAAAAGUCCAAAGAGCGGGUAGUAAAUGGGUUGCGGCACCCAUCUUUGGCCCUGCCAGGUUCUAGUCCAGGCACACCAUCUCUGUCCUCUAAACUCAUAAGCAGUCCUACUAGCCCCUCUGAAAGUAUCCCAUCCACGUCAGUGUCUCCAGAUGAUUCAGAGAAACCGCCAGCGUGGCUCUCUGACUUGCCCGAGUCUGCCUGCCCACAGAUUCAGGGAGUCAAGAUAUCCCUCGGCAAGAAGAUCUCCCAUGCCAAAAUGACUGAUUUGGAGACGUUACUGGGGGAGAAGCUUUGCUCAGAGGGCAUCGAUCUUAUGGCAGAACCGUACUCGGAUAAGCAUGGCCGCUGCGGUAUUCCUCCACUGUUAGUGCAGAGAUACUCUGAGGACUUCCAGCAGCCACUGAAAGACGUGGCCUCCACUCUGGACCAAAUCAGAGUUAAGCAGCUACGCAAGGAGCACCGCAUGGCUAUUCCGACUGGAGGGUUGAUGGACAUGUGUCGGAAGCCCGUGUCUCCGGUGCACUUGAGCUCCAUAUCUGACUGGCUGGUGUCCAUUGGCAUGCCUAUGUAUUCCGAGCUCCUGCUGGCGGCGGGCUACGACACGCUGGGCUGCUUGUCUGCUCUUACUGAGGCAGCAGUACGCAAGGCAGGACUACAGGAGGAGCGACACAUCCGCCGGUUGCUUAGCGAAGCUCGGCUCAUCGCAGCCAGCAGCAGACUUAACGACUUGUGACUGCUUAAUGAAUAGCCACAAACUGCUGACUGCGCUGAUCUGAGGAUCAAACGUGUCACUUCCAGUGGAGAAAAAGUGCUGGAUGAGGAAUGGGAAAUAAACCUGGGUUCUCUGUAGCAUUUCAUGAAAAAUAUCUCUUCAUCUGCAUCUUCCAAGCAUUUGUUAUGUCCUUUUCUUUAACUCUGUGAUGCUGAUGUUUACAGAAAGGACUUCUGUGGCUUCCAGGAACUGUUAGUGGUGGAUCUUUGUAACAAUCCUAAAAGGCUUGCUUUUUUUUUUUUAAAAAAAAAAAAAGAAAGAAAGAAAGAGAAAUAAAGAAAGAAAGAGCACAUGAUUUUUAAACUUUUUCUAAAGAUUUUGGCUUAAGACUCAAGACUGUUUUGUCCUGAUCUGACUGAUGAAUGCUUGUUUGUAAGGAAGAAGGACAUUUUGUGCUUCUUCCAGCACGGCGAGAUGUCGUAGCCUGGCCAAAUUUAUGUAAUUUCCUGCAGGUUAAUCGGUUAAACGCGCAAAUCUUCAGCUCGUAGAAAUAAAUACUGUUAUCAGUUCAUUAUGGGAUGUUAGUUUUAAUGCUAGAUCGGAGUGUACGUUCUGAGCGCUUAGCUCCGGACGAUGUGUAUUUUAUUUUAUUUUAUUUGCUGGAGGGAAUAUAUUUGUAUAGUCUGUAAGCCAUUUCAGCUUCCUCUGUGCCAAGGGGUUAAGUUGUAAAGCAUUGUAAAGCCUUUUUUUUUUUUUUUUGCCUUCACUUACUUAAAGUAUACAUCUAAUAAUGUAUAUUCAGAUAGCAUUUAAUCAUUGAAUACACAGUAUCUUAACUUUCA